CAUCAGGAAGCGCAUUUCAAAUACUCUAAUGCAAGUUUCUCGUGAGUGCUCUUCAGCAUUUAAUUUGUUGGAAAAAAGAAGUUGCAGAGAAAUCCCUCAAAAGGCGUGUUCUUAAGUGCUCAAACUUUUUAAAGAGAGCAAAAUAUAUCAUUUUGACUCUUGAGUUUCUCUCUGCUACAAAAUUAGGGUUUCAACAAGAGGCACACCAGGGUCGUCACUUUCCUGUCGUUGGGCGGGAAAGGAAAACUAGGGUUUCAGGCUCUGAUUUGUGAAAAGGAAUAGGGUUUUGAGCAGGUGAAAAACUAGGGUUUCAAUAUAUUGAGAGAAAAAAUGGGGUUCCAUAUGCAACCCUAUGGGAUUCAGGCCAUGCUCAAAGAAGGGCACAAGCACCUCUCUGGCUUAGAUGAAGCAGUUCUUAAGAACAUUGAUGCCUGCAAACAGUUAUCAGCCAUCACUCGAACUUCUCUUGGACCAAAUGGCAUGAAUAAAAUGGUAAUCAAUCACUUGGACAAGCUUUUCGUGACGAAUGAUGCUGCAACAAUAGUGAAUGAACUUGAGGUUCAGCAUCCUGCUGCAAAGAUUUUGGUGUUAGCUAGCAAAGCACAGCAAGAAGAAAUUGGAGAUGGAGCAAAUUUGACCAUAUCAUUUGCUGGGGAGCUCCUUGGGAAUGGUGAGGAGCUUAUAAGGAUGGGACUUCACCCAAGUGAAAUCAUCAGUGGUUAUACAAAAGCUAUCAACAAGACAAUUGAGAUUUUAGAUGAGUUGGUGGAGAAGGGCUCGGAAAACAUGGAUGUAAGGGACAAGGAUGCUGUUAUUACCCGAAUGAAAGCUGCUGUUGCUAGCAAGCAAUUUGGGCAAGAAGAAAUAUUGUGCCCUCUUAUUGCUGAUGCUUGUAUCCAGGUCUGCCCCAAGAACCCAAUGAACUUUAAUGUAGACAAUGUCCGUGUUGCAAAGUUGUUGGGAGGAGGAUUGCACAAUUGCUUAGUUAUUCGUGGAAUGGUCCUGAAAAAUGAUGCUGUUGGGACUAUCAAAAGAGUGGAAAAGGCCAAGGUUGCAGUGUUUUCUGGAGGAGUUGAUACAUCUGCGACCGAUACAAAGGGAACUGUUCUUAUUCAAAGUGCAGAGGAGCUUGAGAAUUACGCGAAAACUGAGGAAGCAAAAGUUGAGGAGCUCAUAAGAGCUGUAGCGGAGUCGGGUGCUAAAGUUAUUGUCAGUGGUGGUGCAGUUGGAGAGAUGGCAUUGCAUUUCUGUGAACGUUACAAGCUUAUGGUCCUCAAGAUAAGCUCGAAGUUUGAACUACGGCGGUUUUGCCGCACUAGUGGUGCUGUGGCUCUUUUGAAGCUUCAACAGCCAAAUCCAGAUGAGCUGGGAUAUGUCGAUUCUGUUUCUGUUGAGGAAAUAGGUGGUGUUCGGGUUACAAUUGCUAAAAAUGAACAGGGUGGGAAUUUGGUGUCAACAGUGGUUCUUCGGGCAAGCACUGAUAGCAUAUUGGAUGAUCUGGAAAGAGCAGUUGAUGAUGGAGUUAAUACAUAUAAGGCCAUGUGCAGAGAUAGUCGUAUAGUUCCUGGAGCUGCUGCCACUGAAAUUGAGUUGGCAAAAAGAUUGAAGGAGUUCUCUUAUAAAGAAACUGGCCUGGAUCAAUAUGCAAUUGCAAAGUUUGCUGAAAGCUUUGAGAUGGUUCCAAAGACCCUGGCUGAGAAUGCAGGACUCAAUUCAAUGGAGAUCAUCUCCUCUCUUUAUGCUGAACACGCAGCUGGAAACACAAAGGCUGGCAUACACUUGGAAGAGGGAGGAGUUAUUGAUGUAUCGGUCAAGAAUAUUUGGGACCUCUAUGUUACCAAGCAUUUUGCCUUGAAGUAUGCCGCUGAUGCUGCCUGCACUGUGCUCCGAGUUGACCAAAUAAUCAUGGCAAAACAAGCGGGUGGGCCAAAGAGAGAUCAGCCUGCGGGUAUGGAUGAGGACUAAUUUUGACAGUCGGACAUGCAAUUUUUUAGUGUUGCGCACAAGUUCAGUUUUCCCUUCGAGAUUCCAAAUCCUAGACUGAAAAUUUUGUUUGUAGUUGGAGGAGAAUAGUUGAUGAAAUGUGUUAUAUGUACAAAUGUCAUUCUCUCGUGCAAAUGUUUGUGUGAUCACUUGGAAUUAAUGAGGAUUUUUUGUAUUAAUGGACGGGAGGAUGCGAUUCUGCAGAAUGGAUGGUCCAGAUCACGGUUCUUUCACUUGGGUGAUGGAAUUUAUGGUUAAAGAAAAGGACAGACCGACCCCCACUUUCCUUUU